CACCUCCACACCAUCCACCAUGACUUCAAGAAGGAUUGUCUCGAACGAGCAGACGCUGCUGGAGAAGGACGACGGCCCUUCGGUGCAAGACUCCAGCGUUGCACCCGCGGUCCCUUCGUCAGUCAUUAUCAAGCUGCUUGGCUUCACGCUUGCCAUGGUUACGCUUCCCAUUGGAACUUACUUUCUCACUGUCAACUCCGUCUUCAAGGGAAACUCUACGUUUGCUGGCGGACUGGCAGCCGUCGUGGCCAAUGUCGUCUUGAUUGCCUACGUAAUUGUUGCAAUGAAAGAAGACCAGUCGGAAAGGCUGGAGGUUGAGAAGAAUGCGAAGAAAUCACGAUAGGCAUCUAUGUUGAAGCCGAUCACAAGGCAGUUGAAGCCUGAUCAAUGCCAGCAUUAGGAUCUCAUCUUAACGAAGAAAUAAAAGCCGGAUGAAUUAUGCCCAU